AUGCCGUAUGUAACCGUUUGCUCAGUUCAAAUGCAUCCCCGGGGAGCCAUUGUACAUGGAGACAAAUUGAUGUAUCGAGUGACUGUCGAGGAUCCAGCUAAAGAACUUCUUUUCAAUCGUGAUCGAACAAUUGAUGCAUCGAUGACCGCUUUGGGAGAGAUUUGCCCGAAAAAGGGAGAGUUGAAACUCGGAGAAUUCGAACACUGGGAAAGUGAUAAAGUCUCUCCAAUCGAAUUUCUGAAUCGAGCCGAAAAGAAAGGUUUUCGAGUCGUUUCGAUGAGCACAACGUCACAGGGAAUGGUCACAAAAUGGACACUUUGGAGAACGAUU